AUGGAAGGACAAUUUUCGGAAAAAUCAGAUGUCUUUGGCUUUGGCAUAUUAUUACUGGAGAUCAUAAGUGGAAGACGGAACGCUAGUUUUUAUGAGGAAGAUCAGUUCUCGAGCCUUCUAGGACUAGCAUGGAAGCUGUGGAAUGAAGACAAUGUUCUAGCCCUGGUGGACCCAAACAUACCUGUUAGAUGCUUCGAGUUUGAGCUUUUGAGGUGCAUAAAUCUGGGGCUUCUUUGUACGCAAGAAAGUGCAAAAGAGAGGGCUUCCACACCAGCUGUUGUUUCAAUGAUUAACUGUGAAAUCGUGGAUCUUCCUCGUCCAAAGCAACCUGCAUUCACAGCGAGACAAUUAACCCACGAUAUAGAUCCCUCCGGCCAAAGCCUAAAGAGAUGUUCUGCUAACGAUGUUACUCUUACAGUUAUACAAGGAAGAUGA